UCCUUGAAUCUUUGUUUACAGUACUCAAUGAAAUGAGCGUCUAAAUAAAUCAGGGCUUUAGAUGUUGUUGAUCGACUACACAACUGCUGAAUAAAGGACAAGGUUUAACCUGAACAGUUUGAUAUAAGAUCUUCAGAGUUCUACUAUCAAGUAACAAUAGAAAUGGCCUCCUUGUACAAAUAAAACAUGCUAAUUACUAGCCAAUUCUAUGUGUGUGAAGAGAAAUUAGCACCAAAUCAACUGCUUUCCCAUGCUGUGGACCUAGUGCUUGCAGCUCCUUUUCUCAAAACCUCUCAGGUUUUUACGUGAUGGUUUUAGAGCGGGAUGUUAGGUUCACUAGUUUGUGAUGUCAUCCUUGACCCCACCCUUCGGGGGCGACAGCUCAACACCCAGCUUUUUUGUUGGUGCCCGAGAUGAUGAGACUGAUUUCCUGGAAUCAAACAUGAAUCAAGAAGAAGUUGACUUCUAUGAGGAAGAUGAAGAUGAAGAGGCAACGCCUCCUGAGCGACAGAUCGUGGUUGGAAUCUGUGCCAUGACCAAAAAGUCCAAGUCUAAGCCCAUGACUCAAAUCUUAGAGAGACUGUGCAAAUUUGAGUACAUUACUGUAGUUAUUAUGUCUGAAGAUGUAAUCCUUAAUGAGCCUGUGGAGAACUGGCCCAUUUGUGACUGCCUGAUUUCUUUCCACUCCAAAGGAUUUCCCCUGGAUAAAGCCGUUGCUUACUCUAAACUCCGGAAUCCUUUUCUGAUUAAUGACUUGAACAUGCAGUAUUUCAUACAAGACAGGAGAGAAGUUUAUCGGAUUCUGCAGCAGGAAGGUAUAGAUCUUCCUCGUUAUGCUGUGCUUAAUAGAGAUCCUGAUUGGCCAGAAGAGUGUAACCUGGUAGAAGGAGAAGACCAUGUUGAAGUUAAUGGAGAAGUCUUUCCAAAGCCCUUUGUAGAAAAGCCAGUCAGUGCUGAAGACCACAAUGUUUAUAUCUAUUACCCAACAUCUGCUGGGGGUGGUAGCCAGAGGCUGUUUAGAAAGAUUGGCAGCCGUAGCAGUGUAUACUCAUCAGAGAGCAGCGUACGAAAGACCGGAUCAUAUAUAUAUGAAGAAUUCAUGCCAACUGAUGGCACUGAUGUUAAGGUCUACACUGUUGGUCCAGACUAUGCACAUGCAGAAGCGCGAAAAUCACCUGCUUUAGAUGGUAAGGUCGAACGUGACAGUGAGGGGAAGGAGAUCCGAUAUCCUGUCAUGCUGACGGCUAUGGAAAAACUUGUUGCCCGUAAAGUCUGCUUGGCCUUUAAGCAAACUGUGUGUGGCUUUGAUUUAUUAAGAGCCAAUGGACACUCAUUUGUCUGUGAUGUUAAUGGUUUCAGCUUUGUGAAGAAUUCCAUGAAAUACUAUGAUGACUGUGCCAAAAUAUUGGGGAAUAUAAUUAUGAGGGAAUUGGCGCCACAGUUCCAUAUUCCUUGGUCCAUUCCAACAGAGGCAGAAGAUAUUCCUAUAGUGCCAACCACAUCUGGAACAAUGAUGGAGCUGCGAUGUGUUAUAGCGGUAAUACGACAUGGAGACCGCACACCAAAACAAAAGAUGAAGAUGGAAGUUCGGCAUUCCAGAUUUUUUGAAUUAUUUGAACGUUAUGAUGGUUACAAGACGGGGAAAUUAAAACUGAAGAAACCGGAACAGUUACAGGAGGUGCUGGACAUUGCCCGAUUGCUGCUUGCAGAAUUAGGAACGCACAAUGACUGCGAAAUAGAAGAAAGGAAAUCCAAACUUGAACAGCUCAAAACUGUUCUGGAAAUGUAUGGUCAUUUCUCUGGCAUUAACAGAAAAGUGCAGUUGACAUAUCUGCCCCAUGGGCAGCCAAAAACAUCCAGUGAGGAAGAUGAUGCCAGAAAGGAUUCACCUUCCCUUUUGUUAGUGUUGAAAUGGGGUGGUGAAUUGACCCCCGCUGGAAGAGUACAGGCUGAGGAACUUGGUCGAGCAUUUCGUUGUAUGUACCCAGGAGGACAAGGAGAUUACGCUGGAUUCCCUGGCUGUGGGUUGCUUCGCUUGCAUAGCACAUACCGCCAUGAUCUGAAAAUAUAUGCAUCCGAUGAAGGACGAGUGCAAAUGACAGCUGCAGCUUUUGCAAAGGGUCUUCUGGCACUAGAAGGAGAACUUACACCAAUUCUGGUCCAGAUGGUUAAAAGUGCAAACAUGAAUGGACUCCUGGACAGUGAUAGCGACUCCCUUAGCAGUUGUCAGCAAAAAGUAAAGGCCCGUUUGCAUGAAAUCAUGCAGAAGGAUAAGGAGUUCUCAGAGGAAGAGCAGGAAAAGCUGGCUCCUACAAGCAGCACAUCUAUAGUAAACUCCAUGGAGUGUAUUCAAAAUCCUGUGAAAACAUGUGACAGUGUGUAUUCCCUCAUUGAAAACCUUACUUCUCAAAUUCAAAAACGCCUGGAAGACCCCAAAUCUGCUGAUCUGCAGCUGUACCACAGCGAGACCUUAGAAUUGAUGCUUCAACGAUGGAGCAAGUUGGAGAGAGAUUUUCGCAUGAAGAAUGGGCGUUAUGACAUCAGCAAAAUCCCUGAUAUCUAUGAUUGUGUUAAAUAUGAUGUUCAACAUAACAGCUCUCUGAAACUGGAAGGGACAGACGAACUUUUCAAGAUUUCAAAAUCACUUGCAGAUAUUAUAAUUCCACAGGAAUACGGGAUAAAUAAAGAGGAAAAACUGGAGAUUGCCGUGGGAUAUUGCCUUCCUCUGAUUAAAAAAAUUCAGCUGGACCUACAGCGAACACAUGAGGAUGAGUCUGUAAACAAACUGCACCCCCUUUAUUCCAGAGGGGUUUUAUCUCCUGGACGCCACGUUCGAACACGGUUAUACUUCACCAGCGAAAGCCAUGUACAUUCUUUAUUAAGUAUAUUUCGCUAUGGGGGACUCUUGGAUGAGUCCAAAGAUCAACAAUGGAAGAGAGCAAUGGAUUACUUAAGUGCUGUUUCUGAACUAAAUUACAUGACGCAGAUCGUGAUUAUGCUUUAUGAGGACAAUAACAAGGAUGCGUCCUCAGAGGAAAGGUUUCAUGUGGAGCUGCAUUUCAGUCCUGGUGUCAAGGGCUGUGAAGAAGAUGAGAAUGCACCCCUGGGGUUUGGAUUUCGUCCGGCAUCAGCAGAAAAUGAAGACAAGAAGACUGAUCAGGGGAGUUUAGAAGACUUAACCAAAGUGAAAGGAAGAGAUGAAGUGGACAGAUCUAUUCUUAUGUCUGCUUUACCAUCCGAGCCUCUCAGCCUCUUGCGCAAAUCACCAUUAACACGCUCCAGGAAAACUGGGUCAAUGGAGGUCAUGAAUGCCAAAAGCACAGGCAAUAGAGGGCGCCGGAGAAGAAGAUCGGGAGAGCCCCUUCACUCCCCAUGUUCCAUCACUCUGCAGUCCAAGGCCAUGUCCACCACUAACCUGGCAUCAUGGCAACAGGUCCUUUCUGAGACAUCCUCUAAAGCUGGUGGCUACCGUCUCUUCACUUCCUUUGCCAGACAGUCCUCAGACAUGAAGCAAAGUGGUUUAGGAUCGCAGUGCACUGGGCUAUUCAGCACCACAGUGCUGGGAGGCUCCUCCAGCGCUCCCAACCUGCAGGACUACGCACGCAGCCAUCGCAAAAAAAUCAGCUCUGCUGCCAGCCUGACUUACAAAGACGAACUGUUGUCUAUGCCAGCUGUAAAACGAUUUUCUGUGUCGUUUGCAAAGCAUCCGACUAAUGGUUUUGAGGGUUGUUCAAUGGUACCUACUAUCUACCCUCUGGAGACACUUCACAACUCACUGUCCCUCAGGCAGGUCAAUAGCUUCUUGACAGCAGUUUGUAAACAGUUUGCAGAUACCCAUUCAAGAAGAUCUUCAGCUGGGUGUGACUCCAUGAUUUCCAGCCAUACAUCUGGUGACACUUACUUGCCACAUCGAAUCCUUUCUUCUUCUUCACUUCAUUAUCGUCACCGCUCAGAGAGGCCUCCCUGGUACAGCAGCGGCCCAUCUAGCACAGUGUCCAGUGCAGGGCCAUCGUCCCCAACUGCUUUAGAUCUUUCAGCUCGUUUUAACUUCAGUGAUAAAACAUCCCUUACUGAAGAGCAAAGGAAAAAACUAAACCUUGAAGAGAAUCUACAGGUUCAGAAGUCAACUGGUGAGGGACAAGCCAGCAACCAGGAAAUUCAUCAGUUGGAGGAACCGCUUCAUAGCGAUUGCACAUAUUUGCCACCAGAGCCUUCCAGUGAUGCGGCUGCACCCGUGCAACGGUGUGUAGAGCACGAGCUUCAGCUUGGCAUAGAGUCACUUGGAGAAGCUUCUGUUCCUGGUCAAGCACUAUCAGAGCUUUCAGCCCAGAGCACAAAAACCCAUAAUCAAAUGUUACACCUAGAACAGUCUCCUGUAGAUGAGCAGAUGAUAACAGAAGUAGCCCUUCAAGGUAGGGAGACAUCUCUGUAACAAAACUGGAACAAAAAAAAAAAAAAGCUGGAUCUCUGGAAUUACCACUAUUUUGUUGAGUUCUAAGCACUGAAUGACAUGCUACUGCGGUAAGUUUAUUCCAAACUGAUGACAAAAAACAGUAAAUUCACAAUUCACAGACUAAAGUGGAAAAUCCCAAAUGUUCUGUACAACUCAAAGGAAAGGAUGAAUAGUGCACAGUCAUCCAUAUUGAAACUAUCCAGUAUUACAUGUAACCUCUGUUACAUCUGUCGUCAUCAAAACCUUCUUUUCACCAGCUAAUGGGCAGCACUGAAGGAAGGGUUUUAUAAGUUUUAUAAAGGUUUUUGCACUUGGUUAACUGUGGAGAUUUCUUAAAGUCAUAAACCAUUAAGAUAAGAAGCUAAACCCUUCUGGACAUGGUUAUUACACAGAAUGUAAUGGAAGUUAAAAGGACACUUUUCACAUUCAGAUUUUUAUUGUGAAUCAUAAUCUUUACUCAGUUGAUAUUCUAAUACCAUUGACAUUCGGUUAAAAUUAGGUAUAAAGAUAAAUGGAGUUCAAGUCUGACUUUGGUUUGUUGAUUUUAAAAGAAGAAGAAAAAAGGCUGAAUGACGAUUGCACAAGGAAAUGAACAAUGGAAAUCAUUGCUUCACAGUUAUCUUUCAAACUACUGAGCAGCCAUGCUUAUUUACAGUUCUGCAAUGUGGAAUACUGUACAAAAGUAGGGGGCUUAUUCAGCCAGUUAUAUAAAUGCCAAAAGGAAACCACAGCUGGGUAACUAUCGAGGUUGCAUUUGGUUGCUUUGACAUUAUUAUUAUUAUACGUUUUAUUGGAAUUUUUAAUGGUUUCUAUGUUUCAGUAAAUUUCCUGUGAAUGCAGGAAGUUCACCUGUUUGUUGAUUGGCGGGCUUUUGUGCCACAUGAGUUUUGUUGCAGCUUAUAAACAUACAAGUAAAGUAAACUGCACUAGCUGCUAGUAAAGAAACUAAUGCAGGGCCACCAGAAAAUUGGUUUGCUAGAUUUCUAAAGACAGAUCUGGUAGCAGUCUGGGUGAGCAAACCAAGCAAAUGUUUUUUGUUGCAACAUUUAAGAAUCUGCUAGGAUAAACAGUUACUACUGUGCAGCAAAGAACAGACUUAGGAUAUAGUACACUAAAUCCCUACUGCUCCCCUGGCUGUGCAUUUGGCCUCUCCGGACAGAGUUGGCAGCUUUUUGGCCCAUGUAGGUUUGGCUCAGUCAGAUUUCAGUAGAAAAGCUUAGCAGAUAAUGGGUCCGACCUUAUCAUGGUGGAUUUGCACUAGCAUUGCCUGAGGGCAAACAGAUCAAUGUUAUUGAUCCACCAAUUAGGUGACAGAUAAUACAGUAAAAUUAGAGUUUUUUGCUGUCUUUAACAAACAAGCAGAUGUGUGUACAGCCAACUAAGGAAAUUCAUAGGUAAUGGCACAUGAAUGGUUUGGUGCAACUAAAGGUGGCCAUUUCCUUUACAAUAAUGAUCUUUUCUGUGACCAUUGGUUGCAGGAAAGAUAGUUCGUCCAAUCCAAUAACGUUAAGAGCUGGAUCAUCAGAUAUGCAGGUAAAAGCAAUAGAAUUCUACCACUAUCUGCCGAUUCAGCAGUGACCUACUGCCUAUGUUCGGGCACCUUCUAUCCUGGGCAAUUGGCGAGACGACUGAUAUACAAAACCUUGUGUAUGAUAAUAUUGGUGCGUAUAUGGAAGGAAUCUGUAUUGUAUACUGAUUCUGUAUCAGAAUGCAUUGCACUAAGAUAUAUGUAUUUGUUAUUGUUUAUUAAAAGGCCAGUUUUUCAACUGCACUCAGACUGUGUUGCCAUAACAAGGGCAAAAGCAUAAAGCCCUUUAUUCUCUCCAUAACUGAUGAUUACUGAUCACUUAUUAAAUAUCAAUGAAAGUGAAGCUGUAAUGUAAAUAUGAUCACCAAUAUACUGUUGCUGGACUUGGGGGUAUAUAGUAUAUACACACAAUAUUCAGACGUGCGCUUGUGCUGUUUUUAAUCAUGAUGUGCAUUUUUAAUAUGCAUUUUUCUGGGAGAGAAAGGAGAGAGAGCAUAGUCACUCCCAAAUUCAUACGGUUUUGGUACAAAGGAUGCUUCAUGGAAUUACAGAGUUUACUUGGGCACAAGUUUCUUUUAUUCUACGCAACAAGUGCUGCCUGCGGUGGGGCUUCCUCCUACUCAGGCCACCAAUCAACAGGCAGACACUGAUUUCUUCAUCAGUUCUCUAAGCAUUACUUUGAAUAAAAUAGAUUUUUUUAUAUCAUAAAUUAAUAUGCCAAACCUCAUUUACAACAAGCAUUUAUUGUUUUUUUGUUUUUAAUCAGUGUAGUACAUCAGGGGAAACACGUGAGGAAUUCAGAAACUAUUUUAGAAAAGAAACUUUUUCAUUGAAACCAGUAGCCAUUUCUAAUAAUGGCAGCUGUUGGAUUAGUACUAUUUUCACACUGACAGAGGUAUUAUGAUUGAAAAGAGAUAUAUAUUAUAUAAAAUAAUCUAUAUUAUAAAAUGUUUAAUUUAUAUAUUUAAUCCAGAUGUUGAGAGCUGGUACCGCUGUGCAGAAUACAGUAGGCUUGCUGGAGCUCUGCUUUAUACCACCAUUAUGUGACGUACAGUGCAGCUAACCAUUGCCGCUAAUUAGCCGCCGCCGCCGCCAUGCAGGGUUUGUAAAUGGUUGUACAUUUUGUGCAGUAGUGCCGUGUCUUUUGUCUGUUUAUGUUAUGAGAUUGUAACCAUGUUCCUGAGAUUUUUAAAACUGUGAAUAGUGAAUAAUGUGUUUAUCUACUGUUUCAUACACCCGAUAAACAUGACUGCGGAACUAAAUUAUUAUUAGUGAGUAUGUGGCGCCCUAUUGAAUUCAGACAACGACUUCAGUUUAUGGGUUAUAUCAAGGUGCUGCCUGUGUCACUGCCAUUGAUAUGGGGCGGAUAUUCUGUUAAAAUUUUCCUGUUUUAAAGGCAUCUAUGACAAUGCCAUGUCUUACGUUAUAUUGUAUGCGCUAGAGGCAAGCUGUAGAAUAAAACAAGUAAAUCAGGUGGCAAAUCUGUGUCAAUUGUUUGUUCAAUAUAACUCCUUCAAUUUCCACUGCAGCCAAUGGGAUGCUUCAUUUCACCAGAAUAAUAUUUUUUUUUUUUUUUUUUGAAAAUUUGUAAGAUUUGCGUCUUUAUUAAUUAUCUAUUCCAUUUUCUAUUUUUUCUGAUUUUUAUCUUGCUCAAAAAACAAAAUCCAAAGCAGUAAAGGGAACUCUUAAUAGUUCUGUAAUAUUACUAUUGAAUGUAGCACAAAACAGUAAUUCCAUAUUUCUUCUCUACUUCUGAGCAUUCUUUCCCUGCCUGUAUUUUCACCUUUUUUCUUUCUUCUUUUUUUUUUUGUUGUUAUGCCAAAAAAUAUUUUCAAGCCCUCUACGUAAAAUCUGUUUAAAGGCAAAAGUGAAAGGUACUCAUUUAGGUAAAAUAUACGUCCAAUGAUGGUUUAGCUCUAAUACUUUGCCUUAAGUUGGGACAUCUGAUUUGCUUGUCUUAUUGCUUAAUUGAGCUAUACAGUCUUAUGUUUUCUAAGCCAUGGAAGUUGUUUUAUGGUUGCACUGUUUGAAUAGAAACACUCCUGUCUGAAAGCAAUAAAGUUGUUUUUGGAAAAUUAA